GAGUUGGGACCAAGAUUUAAUUGUUGCCCAGGAAUUAAUUGGGUAUUAUUAAAAUUAUUUAGGUUAAAUAUGUUUUUAGUUCUUGAAGUUUAAUUGAUUUUUUUAGUUCCUGUUCAGAACAUUGAUGACAUUUCAUUCUCUUAGUAUUGAAACAUGUAACUUUAGUUCCUAAAAAUGGACGGUGUCAAGUUUUUGUUAAUGUGGCUAACGGCCCUGUCAUGUCUUAACACGUGUGUUGAGUGAUCAGAUCAAUUAGGGAUCAAAUUAUGAAUUAGGAUUUAGGGCAAAUCAUUUUUUGCAAUUGGGAAAAAGUGAUGUUUCUAGAAACAUUACUCGAACAAUGUACUUCUUCUCGAAGCAUUGUAUUAAGGCGGUCGUUGCGGUGGUUGUGAAAGAGACGGGUGUGAAAGGCAAUUGCGCAUUGUAUCAAGGUCUAGAAAUGGUGUUCGAAGUUCGUUUGCAUCACAUGGGAAAGUUUGUUAAUGAUAAGGGGCUACGGUAUGUUGGCGGAGAGGUACACGUGAUAGUAGGAGUUGAUCCAGAUCGUUGGUCUUAUUUUGAAGCAGUUGGAAUUAUUAAAGAAUUUAAGUAUGAUGUAGACUUCAAACUAGGGUGGAAGGGGUCCAAGGAAAUGUUGAUGAAUAAUCUGAGAUUUUUGAGUCAUGACAAGAAGCAAUGAACUUGGCUAAGUAUGCAGAGGAGACUGAUGACAUGGUAGAAAUAUAUGUUCAACAUGUUCUCAGUAAAAUAGUGGAAGUUUUGUUUCUUACUUAUGAUGAAAAGACACAUGAUGAAAACAUGGAGGAUGUUUAGGUGGAGGCUGCAUUCUUCUUCUCGGGUUGCUGUUUCGAGGUUGGUCCAUUUUAUCAAUGUUUCUAUUUUAAUGUUCUUUUGAAUUUGUGAGUAAACAAUAAUGAAUUCAAGAAUUUUGA